AUGGCAGUCCCGUCGAGCAAGCGAAGAAAGCUGAGCCACUCGCCUUCGCCAGUGGAAGAUGAUGAUGUCUCGAUCGCGUCCGGGAACCAGGUCGACGAUAUUGAGGAAGACGACAUGAGCCAGAACGACGACAUGGACGACGCAGAACUCAGCGCAGACGACCUGGACGACGAGGAUGAAGACGAGCAAGAGAGCGAAGGCGAGGAAGAGCUGCAAGAGAAGGUUAAGAAGACUAAGGACAACAAGAACAAGCCCAAGAGCAACAAGUCGCAGGCUUCUUCACUCGAGGCAAGCAGCGCCGCAUACACUGGAGGGACCUUCAAGAGCAACAUGUUCAAGCUGCAGGUCGAUCAAAUGCUGUCCAACAUCCGUCCGAGACAGGGCAAGAGAGAGGCCACAGCUGCAGACGCCCUGCACAAGAUCAAGAAGCAGAUCGAUGCGAUUCCCAACAGAGACGCCCUCCCACUGCUUCAAGCUGAACGCGAAAUGAUCAAGAAGUCCAAGGUCGCCAUCCCCUUCCCUGAGCCUCGUCCUGCCCACGAUGUCAAGUACAAGCUGGCCUACGAGAAACCUCAGAACAUCAACGUAGUCGGCAGUUUCCCUCUCAAGCUGUCCCUUCGCGAUCGUCAGGCUCCUCUCUCCAUCGACAUGGUCGUCACAAUGCCCAAGUCACUGUUCCAGGACAAAGACUACCUGAACCAUCGCUACUUCUACAAGCGUGCAUACUACCUGGCCUGCAUCGCUGCUGGUCUCCAGUCGUCUCUCAAGCAAUUCACUUUCCAAUUCGUCAACUUCCGCAACAACCCUCUACACCCCGUCUUGCUGGUCCAGUCCAAGGAGUCGACCUCUGAGAACAACUGGCGUAUCAACAUCAUCCCCGGCAUUCCGGACGGCACCUUUGCCGACAACAAGCUUCUGCCAAACAAGAACUGCGUCCGUCCCGCUCAGUCUGGAGAUGACGAGCAGACCCAAGAUCUGCCCGCCACACCAUUCUACAACGCCUCAGUCCAAGCUGACAGUCACAUCACCUCCUACCUCAAGUUGCUACAUGUUUCUUCCACUGCUUGUGAAGGAUACACGGAUGCUUGCAUGCUUGGUCGUGUCUGGCUGAGACAGCGUGGCCUUGCUUCCGAGACGAACAAGGGCGGGUUUGGCAACUUCGAGUGGGCUGCGACAAUGGCAAAUCUGCUCAGGACUGGCGCUGGUUCAGGAAAGCCAGUCUUGUCGAGCGGUUACAGUAGCUACCAGCUCUUCAAGGCUACUCUCCAGUACAUUGCUGUCAAGGACCUUGCCAAAGAACCUGCUUUGCUCGACGCUGCUGGCAUUGUCCUUACAUCUGAGGACGGUCAACCAAUCCUUUACGAUGGCCCCCGCGGACAGAACAUUCUCUACAAGAUGACUGCCUGGUCUUAUCAACACCUCCGCGCAGAGGCACGUACCACUCUUAAAAUGCUGGGUGACAACCUCUUCGACCAAUUCGACUCUGCCUUUAUUCUUCGCUCCGACAGCCUUCUCAAGAGAUACGAUCUAGCCGUCCGCGUGCCUUGCUCUGCUCUAACUUCUGAUGCCUCCGAGGAUCGACAGAUUCUCCAAAGAUACGCCAAGAUGUUCAGCGUCUUCAGUCAGGGUCUAGGUGAUCGCGCAACCCAGGUAGUAAUUCAAUCUCCUGAUCACGAAUCUUGGGCACUCGGAUCUGCUAGACCCAACAUGGAGCGUAAGGGCGAGGUCUCGGUUGCCAUUAACCUUGACUCUGCCAACGCUUCUCGUGCUGUUGAUCAUGGACCUGCUGCUGAACANAAAAAGGAGGCUGCCGCCUUCCGCAAGUUCUGGGGUGAAAAGGCUGAACUGCGCAGGUUCAGAGAUGGAAGCAUUUUGGAGAGUUUGGUUUGGGCUACCAACAGUGGCAUGUCAAUCAUUCAGCAAAUCCUAACCUUCUUGCUUUACCGUCACUUUGGACAGGAUGCAGCCGCAAGUGCUGUCUUCUCUGGUGACGAGUGUGCUAAACUCAUCAAGCAGAGCAAUGGUCUUGCCGCCUUCCAACCUUUGAUGGAGGCUUUCAAGACUUUGGAGAGCAACAUUCGUGGCAUGGAUGAUCUCCCUCUCACUAUUCGUUCUAUCCUGGCCGCUGACUCGCAACUCCGUUACUCUUCUGUGGAACCUCCUAUGUCUACUCAGCAGCAGAUGAAGCGUCCUGCUGAUGUCGUUCUUCAAUUCGAGGGAUCCGGUCGUUGGCCCGAUGAUCUUGUCGCCAUUCAACGUACCAAGAUUGCCUUCUUGCUCAAGAUUGGUGAGCUUUUCGAGUCAACACAAGAGGGUGUCACUUCUCGCAUUGGUCUGGAGAACGAAGGCGAGGAUAUUCUGAAUCAAGCUUUCCUCGACGUGAUCUAUCCUACUGGCUUCUCUUUCCGCGUCCGCAUCCAUCACGAUAGAGAGCAGACUCUGGUGGAACGUAUUUUGAAGUCGCAAUCCGCCGCACCCAGCGANAAGGAGGCUGCAGCUGUUGCUCUCGCUACCUACAAGCGUGUAUUCAUCAAGUCACCAGCGCAUACUCAAGCCCUGCAGAAGCUUUGCACCAGAUACCCCGUGCUCUCACCAACUGUUCGAUUGUUGAANAAGUGGUUCUCCGAGCACUUGCUGAGCAAUCACUACUCUGAAGAAGUCAUCGAACUGUUUGCGAUCCACACAUUCACUCGCCCAUGGCCCUACAACACACCCUCAUCAACACAAGCCGCAUUCUUGCGCACUCUCUCCUUCCUCUCACGCUUCGACUGGCGCACUGAUCCCUUGAUCGUAGACCUCGGCGGUGAUCUCGACGCCGACAACGUGGCAGCAGCAACGACUCGCUUCGAAGCCUGGCGUAAGUUAGACCCAGCACUCAACCGUGUUGUUCUCUUUGUAGCCAGCAGCAACGACCUGGAAGGCACAACCUGGACAGACGGUACACCCGCAAAGGUCGUCUGCGGCCGCAUGACUGCAUUAGCCAAAGCCGCAACCGCCGAAGUCGAUGCAAAGUCGCUAUCACUAGACAUUGAGACCCUCUUCGUCUCACCACUUGGCGAUUAUGACUUUGUGAUCCACCUCAACCCCGCAUACACCACGACAAAAUCCAAAACCGCAAGCGGCAAAUACAAAAACCUCGCCAUUGUCGAAGAGACGAAUGCAGAAUUGGUAGAUUACGCACCCACAGAUGCAUUCUUCCAUGAAUUGCAGAGUGUGUAUGGUCAAUCGUUAGCGCUUUUCUAUGGCGGCGCUGGCAGCACUACGAUUGCGGGUCUUUGGAGUCCUGUCACUGCUGCCAGAGCGUGGAAGGUCAAUCUUGCGUAUUCGACCGUGCCGGUCAAGAAGGGCGAAGAGGUUGUUGCUGAGAUCAAUAAGACUGGUGUCUUGGCUGAGAUGGCAAGGUUAGGUGGGGAGUUGGUCAAGAAGAUUGAGGCGAAUAGGUAG